UCUGGCAGAGGCGGCCCCGGGCCGAGGAGGGGCCGAGCCGCGGGGGAUCCUGGAAUCGGCGCGGAGGUGGGGAUUCUGGGAGGAGAGCUCCAUUUCCUCCCUCGCACCGGCCUCGCCCCUCCGCCGGCACCCCCAAUGCCGACGAGCCGCCUCCCGGGGCGCUGAGCCGGCCGCGGCCGCCGCGGCGGGAGAAUGCUGGGCAUGUACGUGCCGGACAGGUUCUCCCUCAAGUCGUCCCGCGUGCAGGACGGGAUGGGGCUCUACACGGCCCGCAGAGUCACGAAGGGUGAAAAGUUUGGACCGUUUGCUGGAGAGAAGAGGAUGCCUGAAGACUUGGAUGAAAAUAUGGAUUACAGGUUGAUGUGGGAGGUUCGCGGGAGCAAGGGCGAAGUUCUGUACAUUUUGGACGCCACCAACCCACGGCACUCCAACUGGCUUCGCUUCGUUCACGAGGCCCCAUCACAGGAGCAGAAGAACUUGGCUGCCAUUCAGGAAGGAGAAAACAUUUUCUAUUUGGCAGUUGAAGACAUAGAAACAGACACAGAGUUGCUGAUUGGCUACCUGGACAGCGACAUGGAGGCCGAGGAGGAGGAGCAGUCGCCCUUGACGGUGAUCCCAGACGGGGAAGACUGCUUUGGCUGUGCCGAGGACUACGCCUGUCCCCAGUGUGAGUCCAGCUUCACCAGCCAGGACAUCCUGGCUGAGCACCUUCAGACCCUCCACCAGACGCCCACGGAGGAGAAGGAUUUCAAGUGCAGGCACUGCGGAAAGGUCUUCCCAGUGAAGCAGGCUUUGCAGAGACACGUUCUUCAGUGUCCAGCGAAAAGCAGCCUGAGGGAGUCUUCGCGAGGUUUCCAGUGCUCAGUUUGCAGUUCCCCCUUCAGCUCAGCAUCCAGCUGUGAGCAGCACCAGGAGACUUGCCGGAGCAAAGCCCGGUUCGUGUGCAAGGCUGACAGCUGCGGGAAGAGGCUGAGGAGCAAGGACGCCCUGAGGAGACACCAGGAAAAUGUCCACGCUGGAGACCCUAAGAAAAAGCUCGUAUGUUCGGUGUGCAAUAAAAAGUGUUCUUCAGCAUCCAGCUUACAGGAGCAUAGAAAGAUUCACGAGAUAUUUGAUUGUCAAGAAUGUAUGAAGAAAUUUAUUUCAGCGAAUCAGCUAAAACGUCACAUGAUCACCCACUCAGAGAAACGACCCUAUAAUUGUGAGAUUUGUAAUAAAUCUUUCAAGAGGCUUGAUCAAGUGGGUGCCCACAAGGUUAUACACAGUGAAGACAAACCUUACAAAUGCAAGCUGUGUGGAAAGGGAUUUGCCCACAGAAAUGUUUACAAGAAUCACAAGAAGACGCACUCCGAGGAGAGGCCGUUCCAGUGCGAGGAGUGCAAAGCCCUGUUCCGGACCCCAUUCUCCUUGCAGAGACACCUGCUCAUCCACAACAGUGAGAGGACUUUCAAGUGUCAUCACUGUGAUGCUACGUUCAAAAGGAAAGAUACCUUAAAUGUUCACGUCCAGGUGGUUCACGAAAGACACAAGAAAUACAGAUGCGAGCUGUGCAAUAAGGCAUUCGUUACACCUUCAGUGCUUAGAAGUCAUAAGAAAACACACACGGGAGAAAAGGAAAAAAUCUGCCCAUACUGUGGUCAGAAGUUUGCCAGCAGCGGGACCCUGAGAGUUCACAUCCGGAGCCACACAGGUGAGCGUCCUUACCAGUGCCCUUACUGUGACAAAGGGUUCAGCAAAAACGACGGACUGAAAAUGCACAUCCGGACCCACACCAGGGAGAAGCCGUACAAGUGCUCCGACUGCAGCAAGGCCUUCAGCCAGAAGCGCGGCCUGGACGAGCACAAGAGGACGCACACGGGGGAGAAGCCGUUCCAGUGUGAUGUGUGUGACUUGGCUUUUAGCCUGAAGAAAAUGCUGAUCCGACACAAGAUGACUCACAACCCCAAUCGCCCGCUGGCAGAGUGCCAGUUCUGCCACAAGAAGUUCACCAGGAACGACUACCUCAAAGUGCAUAUGGACAACAUCCAUGGCGACCCCGGCAGCUGAGGUGGCUGCGCGGGACGAGGCCGCUCGGAAGGGCCAGCAGGAAGCCCCGAUUUCUGCCGCCUGAUGAGCACGGCCGAGGUUGCCAGCGCCAUUCACUGGCCUCACAGUUCUUCUCUGCCUACCUUUAUAGUCUGUAGAUACAUGUGCAGAAAGAAAAACCCUACUUUUCUCAAGAAAUGGUACAAAUGGAAAAAAUUAACUUUGUAGCCUUGCAAAAUCCUACUUGUGCUCUGCUUUACAAAAAUGGAGUCAUGACUCUC